CCGAAAACAGAGAGAAGAGCAGAGCAGAGAGAAGAAAAAGAGAAAAGACUGCCCUUUUCUCUCGUCUGUCUGAUCCGCUUCGUCUAAUUUCUAAUAUCUCUCUACUAUCAAUACCUGGUGGUACAUUUAUUUUUUUUACGGACGACCCUCCACUGCCACGAGACGCAGACGCAUCGUCAACCGCCACCACACACGCUAUAAUAAGCUUCUAGGCUUCUAUCCAUUUUCUUCUUCUUCUUCACCAUCAACAGCCGAGGAGACCAGACCGCACGCGCUCCGCCCCCUCAACCAUACGAAUUCUCCACAGGCGCGGAGGCCUCGAAAAAGGAAUCCGCCCCCCUCAACCCUUUGCAUAAACUCUCGCCCCAGCGAACGAACAUUUCUUUUAUUGGGAGAGGCGGUUUGGUCCCACAAAGGAAAUUCAUCACACACCAUCAACAUGAUACCCACGUCGUGCCUGCGCGAGACCAUCAUCCUCGUCAUCUUCGGCAUCGUCCUGGUCCCCAUAGCAGCAAAGCGCGCCCAUCAUGCACCACCGGGCUACGGGCAAACCUUCUCCAAGGAGCUCUCGUCGCUCACCUGGUACAACCGCGAGUCCGCAUUGCUCUUGAGCAAGGUGCCGAGGGUAGACGAUCCGAUCGCUUAUCGACCCAGCCCGCCGCUUGCUGAGCAGGCAUUCGAGCAUAAUGAGACACUCUCGAUAUUAUAUGCGACAGACAGUGCGCCAUAUACAGAAACAAGUGCGCCCUUGACGAUCCGCUUUCAGAUCAGCACAGCGAGGGACCAGACGGCGAUGACGACGACGAGCAGCAGCAGCACCGUGACAGGAUCCAGCGGAGAGGCUAUGGCAACGACGGCACCGCGGUCGGCGAGUGCAACCACACAACCACCACCGGCCGUCGUCAAGGCGUCGUCGGAUGCUAGCAGGGGAAGCUGGAGACUCAUCUGGAUGGGCUCUGCGAUCGCUGCGGUCGCGGUCUUUAUGAUGUCGUGCUGAGCAGAGAGAG